GUGAAAUUCAAAGGAGCUGCGACUCAAACCGUUCAGCCAGUGUAGCCAACUUUCUUCGUAGUGUUAUCUCUUAUCAGGACCCGUUUGUAAUAAAUCGGUAAUUUUUACACGGUGUGCAGUGAUGUCGUGGGAUUUUAUGGUUCCGGUUUGUUUGGAUGAUCUGGUUAAGUCUGGUGCUGUUAAUCAGUAUGUGGUUCAGGAUGUGCUCUCUGCUAAACAGCUUCCAUCUCACAUUAAUAGUUUUAAAGCAGCAAUGAGAAGUCAAGGGCCUCUUAGUAUCCUGGAGCAUUUUGACACAGCGUACAGUGUUUUAAAGCACUGUCGCACAGUUGAUGUUGCGGUGAAGGAAGACAUACUGGAGUUGCUGAUUCAAGUGGUCAGAGGCCUGUCUGUUUCCCUGCCAACUCUUCUAAUGGCGGGCACUUUGUCGUCUGUGGAUCGCAAACAGCAGCUCAACGCUGUUAAAAUGAGCGUCUUCCUGCUCUGCAAACUCACAGAAACACUUGAGAGUGACUCCAAUAGAGAGACUAUUGUCACAGCACCCAGCAAGGGUCGUAAGAAGGAUAAAGCGGUUGGAAAAGAUCUCUUGCAGUGGGACAGUGAAAGAGACACCGUUCUUCAGUGUUUGACUCAAUUGCUGCAGCUGGACAUUCGCACACUCUGGAGUCUGUCUCUAGUGGAGGAGGAAUUUGUCAGCUGCGUGACAUGCUGUUGCUAUAAACUCCUGGAAAACCCCACCAUAAGCCACAUGAAGAACAAGUCUACCAGAGAUGCCAUCAUUCAUGUGCUUGGGAUCAUGGUGAAGAAAUACAAUCACAUGUUGGGAGCUUGUGUGAAGGUGAUCCAGCUCUUGCAGCACUUCGAGCAGCUGGCGUCAGUGUGUGCUCAAGCUGUGGCCGCCUGGAGCACAGAGUAUGGCGUUAAAGCUAUUGUUGGAGAGAUCAUGAGAGAGAUCGGUCAGAAGUCAAGUGAGGAGCUGGCCAGAGAAGGUUCAGGUGUGAAGGCUUUCUCCAGCUUUCUGUCUGAACUCGGUACUCUGGUUCCUGAAACCAUGAUCCCCAACAUCAGUGUUCUCCUGACACAUCUGGAAGGAGAGAGUCCGAGCUUGCGUGUGGCUGUGUGUGAAAUUCUCGGUGAGGUUCUGGUCCGGGUUCUGUCUGGUGAUAAGUUGGAUGAUUCUGCUCGCGCAAGUCGAGAUCGCUUUCUGGACACACUGCAGGAGCACAUCCAUGAUGCCCACUCACAUGUCCGAGCACGUGUUCUCCAGGUCUAUACACGUAUUGUCAACAGCAAGGCCUUACCAUUGAGCAGAUACACUGAGGUUAUGGAGCUGACUGUUGGCCGUCUGGGUGAUAAGUCUGUGAAUGUGUGUAAGAGCGCUAUCCAGCUGCUGGCCGCCUUCAUUGCUCAUAACCCUUACAGCUGCAAGCUGAGCAGUGUAGACCUAAAGAAGCCCCUGGAAAAAGAGAUGGCCAAAUUAAAAGAGAUGAGAGAUGCUCAAGCAGAGCAAGUGCCUGUUGCAGUCAUAACAGCAACUGACCUGUGGGAUGCGAUGAAGCCUGAGGUGGAGCUGACUGUGAAGGCACUUUUGGAACCUGGCAGUGAGGAAGAGGAUGAUGAAGCAGAGGAGGAAGCUGCAGAGGAAGAUGGAAGUGACAGAGACACCGCUGUCCAAAUCGCUCAGCUUCUCCGAGAAAGCAAAUACAAGAAGGCAGUGGGUCUGUGCAUGCGGGCUCAUUUACUGUUUCCAGAGUCCUCAUUCUUCUCAGAUUUGGCUGACUUGAAUGCAGAAUCCCUCAUCAGUACACUUGCAACACUUUUUAAAGGUCCAGAAGAGGAGACCCCUGAAGCAGUAUUCAGUGAUGCUCCUCCCACACCACAGAAGGAGAUUGAAGGCGGGGAGAGUGAACUGAAGAAGCAAGAGAUGUUAGUUCAGUACUUGAAAGAUACGGAGUGCUUUGCUCUUCAAGUGGAAAGAGCCAUCGCUGUUAUUAACAACAUGCUGUACUGGAAAACUACUACAAUUGUGCAGGAAGCGGUGCAGUUCUGCGUUACAGCGUUUGAGUUCAGCGUGGCCGAUUCUGUGUGUGGGGUCAGAAAGAUGCUGCCUCUGGUCUGGUCCACUGAUGUUACCAUCAAAGAUGCUGUCAUCCAGGCCUACAGACGCCUGUACCUUAACCCUCACGGUGACAACACCAGAGCCAAAGCUCACACUCUAGUAGACAGCCUGUCAGAUCUGAUGGUCGAUGCUUCUUUGGGGACCAUCCAAUGUCUGGAGGAAAUAGUGCAGGAGUUUUUCAGCAGCGAGAGCGCCCUGCAGACUUCAGUGAUGCAGGUUUUGUGGGAAAGGUUUUCUGGUAAACGUGAGACUAAAGCACUUCACAGGAGAGCUGCAGUGCUUCUGCUGGGCAUGGCAGCACGUGCUGAGAGGGAGGUUGUUCUCAGUAAUUUGGACACGCUGUGCUCUGUCGCUCUGGGUGAGAAGGUUGCUGAAGAUUAUCUGCUGGCUCGGGAUACGCUCAUCACCAUCACUAAUAUAACCGAUCAUGUGAGGCAAUCCAAGGGUGUCCCCUUCAGGCUUCCUAUGGACCACCAUCUAUUCAGCUGUCUGUCCCAGGCCAUUGUUGAUGGAGUGGUCCAGUCAGACCCUCAUUGGCAGACCUUCAUGGAACAGGCCGUUCGUCUGAUCUACUUCCUAGCAGAGUCCCCUGACCAGCUGUGUUCCCGCCUUCUCCAGCGCUCUGCUCGUCUUCUAUUGGAGCAAAUCACAGAGGGUGGUGAACCAGACCAAUCACAGCUCCCAGAAGGUGCAUCUCAGGUUUCUGAGGAACAAGUGAACUGUGUGAGCUUGGCGCAAGUGCUGUCUCUGUGUGGAGCAGUGGCCUUCUGGCAGGUUUCUCACCUGGAAAGAAGCGUCAGCUCUGAGCUUCGGAGGAGAAGAGGAGAAAAAGAAGAGAAAGAGGAGAAAGAAAAGGCACCUGCCAGCAAAAAGGGGGCCAAUGACAGCUGUGUGGAGGAGGAGCUCGGGCUGGUGGGCGCAUCAGCUGAAGACACCGAAGCAGAGUUCAUUCGCAAGAUCUGUGAAACAGAGUUAUUAGCUGAAGGGAACAUACUCAGUGCAUUUCUGCCUUUGCUGGUGAAAGUUUGCAGCUCUCCAGGCAAAUAUUCCCAUCCUCAGCUCACCACUGCUGCCUGCCUGGCUCUGUCUCAGUACAUGAUGAUCAGCCCUGCUGUUUGUAAAGACCACAUCCGACUGCUCUUCACUGUGCUGGAGAAAUCCCAACUUCCUGUUGUCAGAGCCAACACAAUUGUUGCUCUUGGUGAUCUAACAGUCCGCUUUCCCAACAUCCUGGAGCCCUGGACACCCAACCUUUAUGCAAGGUUGAGUGAUGAGAACGCGUCUGUGCGUCUGACCGCUAUCACGGUUUUGACCCAGCUGGUGCUGAAGGAUGUAAUGAAGGUCAAAGGUCAGGUCAGUGAGGUGGCAGUGCUCCUGCUGGAUCCUGAGCCUCACAUCGCCAGCCUCGCUCUCAACUUCUUCAACGAGCUCUCUGCAAAGGACAAUGCCAUCUACAACCUGCUGCCAGACAUCAUCAGCCGAUUAUCUGAUCCUGAACGUGGAAUGAAUGAGGAGGAUUUCAACACCAUCAUGAAACAACUGUUCUCCUACAUCACUAAAGAGAGACAGACAGAGAGCUUAGUGGAAAAGCUCUGCCAGCGAUUCAGAACUGCCAAGACUGAGCGACAGUGGGCCGAUCUAGCCGUGUCUCUGUCACUGUUGUCUGUGUGCGAGAGAGGUUUCAAGAAGCUGCAGGAGUGCUGGGACUGUUACAGUGAUAAACUAGCUGAGCCUGGUGUCUAUCAGCCCCUGCUGUCCAUCGCAGCAAAACUCCGUCGAAGAGCCAAACCACAGUUUAAGGCGCAGGUUGAAGAUUACGAGAAGCGUUUGACUGCUGUUCACACUAAAGGCCUGGAAAACGUGGAGAAUGAGGAGAGGGAACAGCAGACCGAUACACAAAGCCAAAAUCUGCACACGCCACAGCCACCCAAGAGUGUGCGCAGAACCACACGAGGCCGUGGUAAACCCAAGGUGGAUGACAGUGACCUCGUUACACCAAGAAAAUCUCGCGCUCGUCCCAAACCUGCCAUCACCUUCACAAGUGAUGAAGAGGAGGAGGAGGAUGCUGUCAUGGCAGAGAGCGAGACUCCUAAAGUGACGACACCCAUCGCCCGCACGCGACGCACUCGCCUCAGACACUGAGCACUCUUUUCUGAAUUUCUGUUUUCAGUCUUUUUAUAUCUCUUUAUACCAUUUAAUAUGAUUUUAUGCAUAUUAAUUCUGAUGUCCUUAAAUGUUUGUUUUAUCUGCUGAAUGUUUGUUUUAUUAAAUCUUUUUAG